AUGGCUCCCUCUUUCAUCAAGCUUCUCCUUGCCGCCACCAGCGCCACCGUUGCCUUGGCCCUGACUCCUGUUGAGGAGCUGGCCAAGAACGUCCACGUCCCCGUCGGCCUGAUUGUCGACGUGAUCAACGCCCCGGACUACUCCAAGAUCGACAUUGGCGAGUGGGCCGGGCUCCUGGAGCAGCCCGUCGAGGCCGUCAAGGCCUGGCCCGACGACGUCAAGGCCUACGUCCUCGCUGAGCUUUCGACCGAGGUUUCCGUCGCCAUCGCCCCCCGGGACGAGCGCCGCGAGCUCGUCGCCCGCGCCGCCACCAUCCGCGCCGUCGAGCGCCAGCUCCUCUCCGUUCACAACGCCCGUAUCCAGUCCGGCCGCAACGGCUGCUUCCAGAACGUGCCCUGCGGCACCUGCGUCGUCGCCGCCGGGUUUGCCGGCACUUCCGGCAUCGCCGGCUGCAUCGGUGCCGCCUUCGCCGCUAUUGGUGGCACCGUCGGCACCGCCACUCCCAUCGUCGUUUCUGCCGCGAUCGAGUGCGGCGCAAAGGUUGCUGGAGUCACCACUGCGGCUAUCGGUGCUUGCCACUCUGCCCUGUAG